AACAACACACUUCCCCAAGCAGGGACACACAAAGCGCUCCAUCUCUCUCUCUUUCUUGCACAGACGCGGCAGUGCCAGGUCCUCUCUGCCACACAAAAUGCCUUUUUCCUAGUUGCUGGAACAGCUUUUUCCCUUGGCCGGCCGAAGCCUGACAAUGUGGCCAUGUUUCUCCAUCUGCUGCCUGUCUCCUUGGCUUCUCCUUGGCUUGGUCUUCUUGCCCUUAGGCCAACUCUGCCCUGCCAUGUGUAGCUGCAUGGACUAUCACACCAUCGAUUGUCGGGACCAAGGACUUCCCCGUGUCCCCAGCCCCUUUCCCUUGGACGUCCGGAAGCUUCUCAUCGCUGACAACCGCAUCCGGAGGAUCCCUGCCGAUUUCUUCAUUUUUUACAAUGACCUGGUCUACCUGGACUUCAGGAACAACUCCAUCACCACCUUGGAAGGGGGCACCUUCAGCAGCUCCAGCAAGCUGGUCUAUUUGGACCUGAGCUACAACAACUUGACCCAGCUAGAGGCCAGAGUCUUCAAGUCGGCGGAGAAGUUGAUCAAGCUGAGCCUGGGGAACAACAACUUGGCCGCCGUGGACGAAGCUGCCUUUGAGAGCUUGGAGCAGCUCCAAGUCCUGGAGCUGAACGACAACAACUUGCAGACGUUGAAUGUAGCCAUCCUGGAGGCCCUGCCCAACCUCCGGACCGUCCGCUUGGAGGGCAACCCUUGGCUUUGCGACUGCGACUUCGCAAGUCUGUUCAUCUGGCUGGAAGAAAACGCAUCCAAGCUCCCGAAAGGCCUUGAUGAAAUCCAGUGCACUGUCCCCGUGGAGGAUAUAACCAUCUUUCUCAGCGAAUUAACAGAGGCUAGUUUUCGGGACUGCAAAUUCAGCUUGUCGCUCACAGACCUGAUUAUCAUCAUCUUCUCUGGCGUCGCCGUCUCCAUCGCCGCGAUCGCCUCCAGCUUCGUUUUGGCCCUGAUUGUCAACUGCUUUCAAAAAUGCGCGCCCAGCAAAGACGAUGAUGAGGACGAGGACGAGGACGACUGAAGACCUUUCCGUCGACGCUUCGCUGGCUCUUGCGCCAACCUCCAAAAGUGCAUCACGACGCAACUCGAGAAAGCUCUAAGGGCUGAACACCGCUUCCAGAAGCUUGGAUGUUUUCAUCCGUAUCUGCGGAGAAGCUCACAAGAUUUAUAGACAGAAAGCAACUUUUCCUUGGUCAAAUCUAGUGGUUAAACUAAUAAUAACUCAGGAAAAAAAGGGACAUUAUGGAGAGAAGAGCAGAGGCAUCAAUUUGGGUGACUGGCAUUUUGAUGCCCACUUUGUAGUUUAUAUUAUAUUUUUAGUACUGUUUUUUUUAAACAAAUAAUACGUUGUUAAUGGAACAAACCAUUGCAUUGAAUACAUUUAUGAGAGGUAAAGUUUGGAAUGACUAGAUUAAAAAGUAUAUAUAUUCAGGAAAAUAGUCCAAAUAAUCAGCUUUGCUGUGAUGUAAAAGACAGGGAUUUUGGGCAUCUGGAAGAAACCAGCCUUCUUCAAUGCUUUGCUCUUCAUGACUGGUGAUGGUUGAUCCAUCCCACACUUGUUUAGACUUUUCUAGAUGCUGAUAAAUAUGACAUACCUUGGUCUUGGGAUAAAGACAGCCCUAUGGACCCAACAGGACCACAGUCUCCAAACCAGGCAAGGUGGCACCAUUUGGUCUUUUAUGGAACCAAGAUCCUUUUGCAACAAGGACACAUCCAUUUCCCAGUUUGGAGAUGCACUUGGAUGGACAACCCAAAGGCUUUCUGGAUCCACCGAUGCUUUCUACAUCAGGUCACAUCGCCGGUCAGUUUUAAAAUGGAAGAAAUCACAUAGAAGUGGGUGCCAUGGGAUGCGGUCACCUAGGUGCCACUUUGGGAAAGGACCUUCUCCAUCCCAAAGACAGGUUUGAGUCCAGUUCUACGGCAUGAGCUUUCUUGAGGAAACUGUGCAAAUUUGGAACAAAACUAACCUUUUCUCAGCAUGCAUGAACACUUGAAGCUUUGAGAUAGGAGGGAGCACCCAUGUUUGAAUUUUGCUGCCAAGAUUUAAGGUUUCUGAGAAUGUAAUUGAAGGACCCAGUGGCUUUCACCGAGGAACAGGUGAACUUCAGUUAGAUUUUUCACCUUACUUUUUAAAUGUGCAAAUAUUAAUUUGCAAGUAUCUUCAGAAUCACAAGAACUUUAUGGGGUUUUAAGAAGUCCAUAUAGUCCCAGUUGUGCAGAAAAGUAGACAUUACAGUAUGCGAAAGCAGUUUUAUGCUUAUGUUUUAAUGUCCUUUAUCCACCUCAAGGAGAAGUAGGUCUAGCUAUAUCCAUCUAUAGAUAUAUCAGUUUUUAAAAAAAUUGAAUUUCUAUUUUAGUAAGAGAAAUAUAAUUUAGGACAUGUGAAAUAGCUAGAGUUUAAAAUAAUAUCUAGCAAAAGAAGAAGAAGAAGAAGAAGAAG